AUGAGUGGAAAAAGAAGCUGUCACAGCUCCUGUAGGUAUAGGAGGUCACCUCUCACCCGCUCCGCAAGGGCAGAACUGCAGUUUCCUGUGAGCCGGGUGGACUGUCUCCUGCGGGAAGGGAACUAUGCCCAGUGCCUGAGUUUGUCCACACCUAUUUUUCUCGCUGGAAUUCUCGAGUACGUGACAGCCAACAUCCUGGAGCUGGCAGGCAUUGAGGCCUACAACCAUGGCAGGAUACGCAUCACCCCAGAACAUGUGGAGAGGGCAGUGGACAGCGACCCGCAGCUCAGCCUUCUCUUUCAUGCUGAUGCCAACGAUGAGGUUGACAAGAUGCCCCAGUCAAAGAAGAAUUGA